AUGUUUUCGAGGAAAGUUUAUCAGUGGAACGCUGUGGACGUCGAGCAAGACGGACUCCUUCCUCGAGGCCUUAUUGUGGAUAAACUGGAAGAAGGGUGGGUCGUUGAUUUUGAUCUGGCUGAUAAUAGCCUCCAGACUAUUCCUUACGGCAGUCAUAUAUAUCUGAACGACAAAGCCAACACCCAAUGGGCUCCUGAAGAUGCUUUAGCGAGCUCCCAGGGAACUCUGUCUUACUCGCCAUAUGUCCUGUUGAAGCUGUCCUCCAGCCAGCCAUGGACGUGGUACAGCUGCAAGCUCUCACCCCGCUCAUCCCACCAGUACCCAUACUACGCACUGGUAGAAGUGUGGCAUGAGGACGAGCGCAUUGUGGCCGUUGUAAAAGAGGAACGAGUCCGCCGGGAGCCACGGGCGCGAAAUGUGAUGGAAGAGAUGGGUAUUCUGAAAGCGACAAUUCCAGCGCCCAAAAACAUCCCUGCCCUGACUCCAACAAUUGUGGAGUUGUGGAAGUCGAAAUUCCCUGGCACUCAUCCAGUUGCAAUUGUGGAUAAUUGUGUCACCUUUCUUUGGCGGGGCAAUGGCAAAUUUCCUGGAGAGAAUGAAGUGGCGGCAGUACUGCAACGAGCCACAACAAAAACUCAAAAGCGCAGUCCGUCAGAAAGGAAGACAGCAAAAUCCCCGAGUCACCGAUACAAAAAGAAGCGCUUUCAGUCCGACUUCCAGAACACUCCCUCACUGUCCGAUGCCGAAGGAGCCGGCUGCUCUGCUCUUGAUGACGGAUGCGCUUCCCUUAACGACCUUCCACUCGACGUCCUUUCGGAGAUCUUCUCGGUUCUGGAUGGGCGACAUAAAGCCCUUGCGCGUUCCGUUUGUGCUGGCUGGAAUUCGGUUGUGCAGUCAGCUGAUUGCAGCCAAACCGUAAUAAUCAAUGUUGACCCUUAUGCGGCAUUCGGAGAGUACACCUGCAUCUUGUGGUUAUGCAACUGCAUCACUAGCGCCACUAAAUAUGGUCUCUUCGUCGGUGUGGAUAUGCGAGCAGUGCCGCCACUCCUGUCCGAUCUGCGCACCUUCAAGGAACUGCCAGAUGUAUUCGUGUUUUCCGACGCCGCGCUAUUAAGCAAUAAUGACCGUUUUGACGGGUUUGUGACGGAGCUGGAGAAAGUGCGCACUUCCCUGUCGCAAAUCAUGGAUGCUGCUUCCAGCCGGUUUAUUAUCUAUAAAACCGCGUUAUGGCACUUCUUUAUACCGGCAUGUGCCAAAACUCUGCUGUACGGUGACGGGACCAAGGAGGUGAUCCCGCAUCGUUCCCAGUACGACCUAAUGCUCGACCAUGUUGCCGUGAACGUGCAUACCGGGAUCGACUGGAUGGACGUGUUUAAACGAGCCGCACCGCCUCUUCCAGACUUUAAUGUUCCGCGAAAUCGUGGAAUCUUGCAAGAGUUAUCGAAAUGGAUUAGCAAAGCGAACAUGGUUGAGAAACGAGAGAUCGUAACCAUCUUGAAAAGGUGGCAGGAGAACGACAAUCAUUUCGGACCAAAUAUGGAAUGGACGGAUGUGGCGGCGAAUCUGCGCGCUAACCUAGCAACUGUACACGGCAUGACCUUUUGGGCACUGCAUCAUCUGUCAGAAGCGAUGCAGGAUGACGGAAAAAUUUGGAAUGACAGCGAAGGCAAAGGCGAUUCUGAUGCAGACGAUACGAGUAGCAGUACGGAUGACGAUAUGAGCACGGACGAUGACGAUAGCGGAGAGUCUGAAGACGUUGGUGAUGAUUGA